GUGCAGCUUUGAGCUCAGAGGAUGCUUCAGCACACCGGCCACUGGAUGCCUUUCCAAGAAGGAGAAAGCUGAUCUCCGGCCUGUAGCUGAGGGUGAACCCCUGAGAAGCGGAUGAAGAAACAAAUCUUACUACGUUUCGCAUACAGAGGACUAGUCAGCAAAGGAAAAAAGAGCAAAAGAAGAAAAUGGCCAAAUUUAUAUUACGGAAAGCCGAGCCCAAGGACGUGUCUGACAUACUGCGACUCAUAAAGGAACUGGCAAAAUUUGAGGAAAUGGAAGAUCAAGUUAUUCUUACUGAGAAAGAUCUGCUGGAGGAUGGGUUUGGAGAUCAUCCGUUCUAUCACUGUAUGGUGGCUGAAGUGCCCAAACAGCACCAGAGUGCCGACGGUCAUGCGAUCAUUGGCUUUGCCAUGUAUUAUUUCACCUAUGACCCCUGGAUUGGGAAACUGCUCUACUUGGAGGACUUCUACGUCAUGAAGGAGUUUCGGGGUUUUGGAAUUGGGUCCGAAAUCCUGAAGAAACUGAGUCAGACGGCGGUCAGGACUCGGUGCAGCAGCAUGCACUUCAUCGUGGCGGAGUGGAACAAGCCCUCCAUCGACUUCUACAAGCGGCGCGGAGCGUCUGAUCUCUCGCACGAGGAAGGAUGGAGACUCUUCAAGAUCGACAAGCAGAACCUGCUCAAGAUGACCAAUGAGGAGUGAACCGAUAGUCUGGAGGAAACCCACCGCAGACUGUUGUGUUCAAUCUAUGAUUGACCAUCUGGAGUGGACACAUCUUCAAAAAAAAAAUUUAUAAUGUUGAAGCAUUCAGGAUGUGGUUUCAUCCAAAACCUUUAAUUCUUACCCAUAAUUCGAUUGUCCCCUUUAUAUGUCAUUGCCCCGGUUUCACAGACAAGGUUUAGACAAACCCAGGGUUAGGCUAUAGUCCAAUUAGGACAUUUAAGUAUUUUUUAGUAACAUGCCUUAGAAAAAAAAAACAUUACUGCUUGAGACAAAACAAAGGCACUGGUGGAUUUUGAGAUCAGUCGGUGCAAGUUGAUUUCAGUUUAAACAGCUCAGAAUUACAUUUUAGUCUGGGACUAAGCUUAAACCUUGUCUGUAAAACCGGGAUUAUGUUUUUAUGAUAAGUUUAAAAUCAGUUAUGAGCGAGAUCUUUGUAUGUGUAAUUUUCAAUCAUCAUUAUAUUCUUGUUUUGAAUUAAAAGAUACUUUAAGAUAUCUUCUUUUCCUUUAUUGUCUAAUAAUUCAUGCAUCAGAGACGUUCUGCUGAUCAUGUAAUUUACUGAUGUUUACUUACUGAUGUUUCUCUGUAUACUUCAAUCUUAUCAAGUUAUCCUGAAAGUAUUCAAAUAAAAACGUUUAGAACA